UGAUUCUCUUUGUUUUGACUGAGAACAAAAGUAGCAGCCGAACUUAAACUGUCAUUGUGUGAGUAAAAAAAAAAAUCCCCCAAACAUGAAGAACGGAGGACACGGAGCUCACGCUGGAGAGAAGACGAGCCUCAGAUAGACGGCAGUUAAACGACACACUGAUGUGUUUGUGUUUUAUUGUGUGUCACGCCUGAUUUAAGCGCGCGCGUGUGUGUGUGUGCGAGAGAGAGAGUCGACUUUCACGGAUCUGCACGUGUCUGCAGUGACAGAAGAGGGUUUCUUCAGAACAUCAUGAGACUGUGAGCUCAGUGUGAAAUCAGCCAUGGCAGAAACUGACAUCGACCAAUCUCACCUGCCCGGUGUUUAUGAUGUGUGCCAAUGUUUCUCUGUGUUAGAGGACGGCGCGUUGGCUCACAGUCUUCAGGAGCAGGAAAUUGAGAAGUUCUACAGCACCAACAUCCAGAAGAACCAGGCGGUGCAGAACGAUGUUCGCUUGGCUCGGAGGCUGCAGGAGGAAGAGGAACAGCGAAUGAAUCUCCGCCAGGACCUGCGGCAGCUGGAGGAGGAGGACUGCAGAUAUGCACAGAUGAUCCAGGAGGAGCUCCAGAGGUGUGCGGAGGAGGCCAGGAGGCGAGAGAAGGAGGAUGAGGAAAUCGCUAAACAGCUACAGGAAGAAGAAGAAAUAGAGAUGAGACGGCAGAGGGCUGCCACUGGUAACAAUAACAAUGACUGUGUUUCUCCACUCUGUGAUGGCUUGGGAAUCUGGGAGCAGGUGCUUCAGGACGCUGAGCUGGCCCGUAGACUUCAGGAGGAAGAGGAUAUGCUGCCUCACAGAGAGCAGUUUCCUCAGAGCUCUGGAUCAGAGGUGGACUUCAUUGCAGCCCAAGUAGCCCAAGAUGAGGAGAUUGCCCACUACAUGCAACGCCAUCAGAGAAGAGUCGAAAACAGACCACGAGACCUAGAGACCAGACCCGCUGCAGCGAGAGAUGAAGGAAACACCACAAGCAGGAAGGCUCAUCAGAUGUUGCGAGAGAGGCUGAACUCAGACGGACUGCAUUCACCUGUGGAAGAGGAAGACUACACCAUCGAGAACCAUCUUGCAAGCCCAUCAUGCACUGCACUUCGAAACCAACACAUACACAAUAUCGCAGAGGAACUGGACCCAACGUUCAAGGCGAGGAAGCGCGAGAGCCGAAUUUCCACCAGCCCCCCGUCAGCAGGUCUGUGUUUGGCCCCUCGUAACCCGCACAGUAUUUUUUAUGACUAUUUACCAGAACCCCCCUUCAUACCACCAACUAAACGGCAGAGCGACAAAACAGGACGUCACAAAGCCAAAGACAAGAAAGAAAACUGUAAGCAACAGUGAACAUGUGACUAACAUAGUGUUGUCUUUUGAGUAUUGUAUAAUCCAAUUGAAGGACAUCACACAACAUGAUGGCACCAAGGGAGAUGUACAUAAUUAAAGAUAAACACUAAAAUA